UCCGUCACUUGUUCCGACAAAAAACUCCGAUUAGAGCGUCGGAAUUUCAAUGGAAUCACGGGUUUUGUUCUCGAGUCAACUCUACUACCCGGCGAGUCCGCCAAUUCAGACUCGCGAGACCUCUUUUGCUCCUUCGUUGGCGCCUUCCCGGAAUGUUCUCUCCUUCUCUUCCCCAAGUCCCGCAGGCCGAUUUGCGAUGAGGAUCGGACCACUUGUAAAAGCUGCUUCAUUUGCACCAAUAGUAGCAGAGCUUGAUGUUUCGAGAGAUGGAGUAAGAAGGAAGAAGCUUGCUGUGUUUGUGUCUGGAGGUGGUUCCAAUUUCAAGAAGAUUCAUGAGGGAUGCAGUGUUGGUUCAGUUAAAGGGGAUGUUGUUUUGUUGGUCACUAACAAAAAAGAUUGUGGAGGUGCUGAGUAUGCAAGAAGUAAUGGCAUUCCUGUUUUAGUAUUCCCAAAAGCGAAACGAGAACCAUCUGAUGGACUCUCUCCUACAGAGCUUGUGGAUGUUCUUAGGGAAUAUGGUGUAGACUUUGUUCUUCUAGCUGGAUAUUUGAAACUUAUACCGGUUGAGUUGGUGCAAGCUUUUCCUAAACGGAUUCUAAAUAUUCAUCCUGCGCUUCUUCCGGCUUUCGGAGGCAAAGGGCUUUAUGGUGAGAGAGUGCAUAAAGCUGUUCUGGCAUCGGGAGCUAGGUAUUCAGGUCCGACAAUUCACUUUGUCGAUGAGGAGUAUGACACAGGGCGUAUACUUGCUCAAAGUGCAGUCCGGGUGAAUGCUAAUGAUACAGCAGAGGAAUUGGCCAAAAGGGUUCUUCAUGAGGAACACAAACUCUAUGUCGAAGUGGUGGCUGCGAUCUGCGAAGAACGGAUUAAAUGGAGAGAAGACGGGGUCCCUCUCAUUCAAAGCAAAGAAAGCUGUGACGAGUAUUAUUAGAUCCUUGACAAAUGAACUUCCACCAAAUUGGAUCUCAGAUUAGUUCCAUUUUCAAAGCAGAGUGUUUCAACCUUAGGUUAUAGUCUUCAGGCUGUAGAAGAAGUUUUUACCCAGAGUAUAGUUUGAGAAAUGUUUCUGAAGCUCAAGUUUUGUUUCAGUUGGGUCGGAAUAAUAAGGAAGGAGCUGAUAUUAGAGCCAAGAGACAGCAUUUCAAUGCUUGUGUUGUAUAAUGCCAAAAGCCUUAUUCAAUUUUUACCUAAAGUGUUUUAUUACCAAA